UACUUUAUAUGUUGCAGUCGAAAUGUCAAAAAAUUUAUAUGAUGGCAGCGCCAUGUCUUUAUUUUUUUCUUUCCGAUUUGUAACAUAGAAACGUCAAGAUGGCUGAGGUUGAAGAAACUCUUAAGAAGAAGCGUACCUUCAAAAAGUUCACCUAUCGCGGUGUUGACUUGGAUCAAUUAUUAGAUAUGCCAACCAAUCAAUUGGUUGAACUGAUGCACAGUCGCGCACGCAGGCGUUUCUCCCGUGGUCUUAAACGCAAACCAAUGGCACUUAUCAAGAAAUUGCGUAAAGCCAAGAAAGAAGCACCACCAAAUGAAAAGCCAGAAAUUGUCAAAACACAUUUGAGAAAUAUGAUCAUCGUACCAGAGAUGACCGGAUCCAUCAUUGGUGUUUACAAUGGCAAAGAUUUUGGACAGGUUGAAAUCAAACCUGAAAUGAUUGGUCACUAUUUGGGUGAAUUCGCGCUAUCAUACAAACCCGUUAAGCACGGUAGACCCGGUAUUGGUGCUACCCACAGCUCCAGAUUUAUUCCACUCAAGUAAAAAACAAACAAAUUUUGUCAAACUUUUAUGGAUUUUUAUUACAAUAAUAAAUUUCGAACUUGACGCACUCAAGUUUAAAAUAAUA